AUGGUGGGAUAUAUAGUUUCUCCUUCUGAUUUUACCGUUGAACGAUUUAUUGGCCGUGGAUGCUAUUCUGUUGUUUAUGAAGUUCGAAAGACAGGUGGUCCUGAUAUUGGUUCCAAAUACGCCUUAAAACGUUUCUUUUUGGAAAAUGACUCCUCAGUUAAAUGUGUUUUAAGAGAAAGACAGAUUUUGGAACGACUGGCUUUGGCUGAUUUUCAAAGCCCUUUUCUUCCUAUGUUGUGCUACAGUAUAUGGAAAAAUUGUGUAUCUGCUUUUGUGCUUCGGAAAGGGUCAGGAUGUGAUCUCUACGAUCUACUGCGUCAUGUAGGCUGUCUAUCAGAAACCAAUACACGAUUUUAUAUUGCGGAAAUUAUUUGCGGCCUAGAGCACUUGCAUUCGAUGAAUAUUGUACAUCUGGACGUAAAGCCUGAGAAUAUCCUCUUUUAUCCAGAUGGUCAUGUUUUUGUUUCUGAUUUGGAUCGUUCUUAUGACAUAUCACAAACGGCUAGGCCCACGCUUGAUGACUUUACUGGAACACCUUUGUUCAUGGCUCCGGAAGUUGCUCGAGGUGAAGUUAUUGAUAUGCGAUCAGACAUAUGGAGUUUGGGUGUUCUCACAGCAGAGAUGGUUACAGGCCCUAUACGCCCUGAAGCCCAAAAUACUGCUGAAGAAUUUCGUCGGGCCCGAAUGGGGACAUACUCUAUACGUGGAUUGAAACGUCUUUCGAAGCCUCUUCAAUCAUUUUUCAGUGCAUGUUUGCAGCGCCAACACACACAACGUCCUUAUCUAAAAGGUGUGAAGGAGCUGCGUUUCUUGAAAUGUGUUGAUUGGUGUAAGGUGGAAUCUCGUGUUUUACGUCCUCCAUAUUCAACUUCAGAACUUCGACAUAGGAUAACAAAAAAUAACGAGAUCCCAACAUCUUCCACUGAUAUAAAUCUCCUGUCUGGAGCUUUCAGUUCUAUAAAACCUGUUAACUUCAUUUCGAAAAAAUCACAAAAACCGAAAGCCAGUGAUCCCAUAGUGAGCAUUGAUUCGUUUCAUGAAAAUAUUCCACUAUCUUUGAUUGAAGCUGGGUAUACCAAAGAAAAACUUGACUCACUUUUCACCUCCUUUGUUUUUACGCAUCCUAGUCUGCGGAGUUGUUCAGUUAAUGCAGAAAUCACAGAUCCACUUUCUGAGUUAUCUUUAAAGGUUGGUGCGACAGAAAAUGAGUGUACUGUUAGUAAUCUUCAUAUAAACGAUGCUAAGUGUAUGAAUAGUGAGGAUUCAUUCGCAUCUGCCCCAAUCCGGAGAUCUAGAACAAGAGGUACAUCCAUUGGGGACUGA